GUUUCAGGGAGCCCCUGAACCAUGACGUUCAAACAAGCGUCUAUGAUGGCCCCAGAGGCCACGGCCACCACGAUGCCCAUGAGCACGAUGGAGAACUCCACCGAGGCCGCGGGGCCAGGCGAGAGCAAGGAGGACAUGUUCACCAAGCUGAGGGACAAGUUCAUGAACGAGCUCAACAAGAUCCCCCUUCCACCCUGGGCCCUCAUCGCCAUCGCAGUGGUAGCCGGACUCCUCAUCCUCACCUGCUGCUUCUGCAUCUGCAAGAAGUGCUGCUGCAAGAAGAAGAAGAACAAGAAAGAGAAGGGCAAAGGCAUGAAGAAUGCCAUGAACAUGAAGGACAUGAAGUCAGGCAACCAGGACGACGAUGAUGCAGAGACGGGUCUGACGGAGGGGGAAGGUGAGGAGGAGGAGAAGGAGCCAGAGAACCUGGGCAAGCUGCAGUUCUCACUGGACUACGAUUUCCAGGCCAAUCAGCUGACAGUGGGAAUCCUCCAAGCCGCUGAACUGCCAGCUUUGGACAUGGGGGGCACCUCAGACCCUUAUGUCAAGGUGUUCCUGCUGCCUGACAAGAAGAAAAAGUACGAGACCAAAGUGCAGAAGAAGACACUCAACCCUGCCUUCAACGAGACCUUCACCUUCAAGGUGCCCUACCAAGAGCUGGGUGGGAAGACGCUGGUGAUGGCCAUCUAUGACUUUGACCGCUUCUCCAAGCACGACAUCAUCGGGGAGGUGAAGGUGCCCAUGAACACGGUGGACCUGGGCCAGCCCAUCGAGGAGUGGCGGGACCUGCAGAGCGGGGAGAAGGAGGAGCCAGAGAAGCUGGGAGACAUCUGCAUCUCUCUCCGGUACGUGCCCACGGCCGGGAAGCUCACUGUCUGCAUCCUGGAGGCCAAGAACCUGAAGAAGAUGGAUGUCGGGGGUCUCUCAGAUCCCUACGUGAAGAUCCACCUGCUGCAGAAUGGCAAGAGGCUGAAGAAGAAGAAGACCACAGUCAAGAAGAAGACCCUGAACCCUUACUUCAAUGAGUCCUUCAGCUUUGAGAUCCCCUUCGAGCAGAUACAGAAAGUGCAAGUGGUGAUCACGGUGCUGGACUAUGACAAGCUGGGGAAGAACGAAGCCAUCGGCAAGAUCUUCACGGGCUGCAACUCCACCGGCACAGAGCUGCGGCACUGGUCCGACAUGCUGGCCAACCCCCGGCGGCCCAUCGCCCAGUGGCACUCGCUGAAGCCAGAGGAAGAAGUAGAUGCAGCUCUCGGGAAGAACAAAUAGGCGGCUCUGGCGGCCGGCGCGGCACUCGGACAGUCGGCGCGGCCCAGAGCUACUGAUACCUCGGUUCUGCAACCCCCCGUCUUGGUUUUUUUGUUCUGUUUUAAGCUGAAAUGCCCUUUGAUGGCUCUGGAAGGGUUUCCAGGCAGUCCCAAUAGCUUCCAGGGGAAGAGGUUAAAGACACGGAUGGUUCUUUUCGUUCUUCAGCAUCGCUCCCUUUGUGCUGCAUGUCCUGCCGCCUCCGCUCACCAUCCCUGCCCAGUGCAAAGCCACCGGCGUGCCUGGGACCUUCCCCGGCAGCCACGUCACCAGCCUGCAGCACUGCUGCUGUCAUCCUUCCCUUGGGAUCACGUGGGGAACCAUGGAAAGUUGCAUGGAGGUGAUACCGGAGACUGACGGUGUGGAAUGACUAGACCCACUGUGCUUGCUCGGGUCAUGGUCAGCUGUAGGACAGCAAAACAGUGGAGAAGACUCUCUGGAAAGAUCCAGGUGCCUCCCCCUGGUCUUCCCCAGGGAUGGCUGAAUGCCUUUGGUCAGCUCCAGGUUUGGCUUCUCUGGGGAGAGGUUUGCAGGGGAUCCUCUCUGUGGCUGGUGUGGUGGUGGGGUGCUGAGCCCUUGGUGUUGCAACUGGAGCUGUGGGGGCCUGUCUGAGCCCCGGGAGCCCUGGGGGGGCUGCUCUGAGGAGACAUGGAUGUGGAUGCACCAUCAGUGCAUCAAUCACCACCAUCGCCACCAUCUCCACUGUGUCCCCAGAGGCCAAACAAGGGCAGUGCUGGGUGAAAUCUGUAGGUCAAGAUGCUUCCACAAGGCAGGUUUAUGCUGAGAGGUCUCCAAACGUGGUGAGGGCAGAACCCCAGAGCAGUGCCAGGUGCCUCCCCAAAGCCCAUCCAUUGUGUGUCACCAGGGCUCAGACCCACCGUGGGCACCCCGGCACAGCCUGGGGGCAGCUGGGGGGGCUUUGGGGAGCUCCAGCCCCACCACUGCAGCCCACCCGAUGUAGACGACGAGAGCGAGCCCAGGGCCAAAAAGGGACCAAAGCCUCUGACCCCCACAAGCUGCUACUCCCCACCAGGCCACUGGCUGCCAAAUCUACUCCAUCCUGCUCCCUUCAGGGUGUUUAAGCCAUAUCCGUGUCCCUGACAGUGGGCAAGAGCUUCUCCAGACCACCUCUCCCACUGUCAGACCAAGCCCCUGAGCUGGAAAGCCAACACUGUUCCCUGCAGCUGGGAGAGGAUCCAGCAGCCCUGCCCAGUUCAGCCCAGUCUGUACUGGAGCUCUGACAUGAGCCGGUGUCCCCAUCCCAGCUUUGACUCCCCGUCAGCCUCACGCUCACAGCUCCACUUGGCUUCCCUGGACUUGGUUUUGGGGGUUCUGCCACAGUGCAGCAGUGAAGGGCGUUGCCACAAUGGAGCUGAGCCCCGGGGACGCCCCAGCACUGGGGCCACUGCUCUGGGGGGUCCAAUGUCUGGGCUGGGAGCUUGGUGCAGUCCUGAGUCUGGGGACAAAGUGCCAAAACUGAGCUCAGCCCAGCAGUGUUGGAGACUUCAGCAGCUCCCACAGCUUCCGGUUCCGAAAGGGCAUCCUGGCCCUGGCUGGAGGUGGGGAGAUGAUGGGAAAUUUGGUGGCAGCCACAUCUCAGGGGUUUCAGAUGGACACAGGGAUCAGCCCUUGCCCCUAGAGGGACAUGCAGCUCUGGGACGGUUCCCCAGGGAAGGAUGGCUCCAUCCUUAGGAGCUUUGGGCUCAGGUAACCAGGCUGCAUGGGGGGGGAUGUUGGAUGGGCACCUCCAACGACCACCUCCACCACCACCAUGGCUGCGCUUGGCUCAUGCCCCGGUGAAAGUGGCACUAGGGUCACACCAGGUUUGAAGGGGUCAUCAAGCAAGUGGUCCCACAAGGCUAUCUCCACCUUUAAUAAGUCCCUUUUCCUAAUCAAUGUGUCAGCAUCAGCAAAUGGGUCUUGCCCUGCUCCUGUAGCCAAAGGGAGAAGAAGUCUCGGGAUGCUUUUAAUUAAAGGGGGAGUUGAGAGGGUGAGGAUGCCCCACAGCGAGGAGCACUAGCUGGAUUCAGUCUCACUUUGGGGUCCAUCCAGCCACUGGUUGGGGCGGGGGUUUGCCUUACACGGAAAUGGGUUAAAAAAGAAGAAAUUGGAAAGAGCACUGAAAUCCUCCUGUUGGCAGUCAGAGAGAGUGCACAGCCCUGCAGCCUCCCCUGGGGAGCAGGUGGAGUUGUGCAUACCUGUACACGUGCACACCUAUACACCUGCACAGCUGUACACACCUGUACACACCUGUACCCCUGCACCCCCUCCUGUGCACCCCCAUCCACACCCCUCCCCCCCACACCCCACCCGCACCCCCAGACCUGCCAGGGUCUCACCAGGAGCAGAGAUCCCACCUGGCUGGUUUCCAUUCAGACUCUCUAAGCCUGGGGGGUGGGAGGGGGGGAGGGGGAAGACUGUGACUUUAAUACAUAAUUUAAUUUAUUUUUUUUUUAAUAAAAAGGGGAAAACCAACCAACGUAUUGAAGCCAUCUGCGCUGCCUCUGACCCCCCUCUCCCCCCCCCCCCCCUUAGCUAUGUGUAGGUAAAAUAUAUGGAGACAUAGCUGUAAAUACCACGAGCAGUGCAUGUGAUGCAGCCGUAGCAGUAGCAGCAUGGCCCCCGCCCGGCGCUGCCGCCGCCCCCGGCACCGCCGUCCCCACCUCGGCCUUCAGCGAGGGGGGACACGGCGACCAAGGGAACUCAUCGCUCGAGAGCUCUCCACCGCCCUGGUUAUUUUUACCCCCUCAAUAAAACGAAAACCCCCAAUAAAAUCAUGUAAAAGAAGAAAAUAAUGCCAAGAAGCAGAAGCAUGCCAAGCCCGGCCCGCCAGCGGAGCCGUCACCGAGCAGCCCGUGCCAUCCAUGUGUGUCUUGUUCCUGUACCUCGUCGCGUUUGUCCCAUGGCCGGGUAGCGGCAACAUCGUGGCUUCCGUGUCCUGUGUGGCGUUGGUUCAUCUCACCGUCAGAGCAACUUUAGAAGCCAUAUAAGAGCACGGUGAGCCGUGACCUCCUUCCCCCGUGUGUCCACCGUCCCCCUGGUUUCGUGGGGCUCAGGCUGCCAGGGCGAGCAUCGGCCACGGCCUCGGUGGCCACAGAUGCCGCUGCCAACCCGGGCGAGGGAACGGGGCAGCGCUGGGCACAGACGCCGGGGCCGACCUGCCGGGGGCAUUUCUGUGAUGGAAAAGCUGGUGGUGAAAAUGCUUUUCGGAGCAAUUUGGGUUAUAUCUGCCACGUCCAGUCAGGUGGUUUCUGUUUUUGGGGAUGAGAGCUGGCAUUCCCCUCUCCUGGCUGCCCCGCGGAGCAAACCCAGCUGUGCCACAGAGAUGCUCCCGGGGUUAAAAGGAAGAGAAGCCGCGAGUCUUGGCAACAGGCUCUGCUUUCUUUUCCUUUUUCCCCCCUCAAACUGGAAGGGAGGAGCCAGCUCCUUCGGGAGUCGCAGGCUCGGCCAUUCCCGGCCCCCCAGUGCCGGCCCCGCUCUGCCCCGUCCCGGCCCCGCAGCGCUCGGCUCCGGCGGAAGCUGCUUUUAACGCCCCUUCCCCUCGUGUGGACUGUGUCGUUCCCGUCUCUGAUCGUUCGAUGGUUAUUUUGUAAUGAUCUCUGUCUCCUUAUUAAAGAAACGAGCUGAAAGGA